AUGACUGGAAAACCAUCAGAUCUUUGUCACAUAUCGGGGAAGAAGAAGGUGUUAUCGGCGUCAAGCAGUAUGUCUGAUCAAGAGGAAUUGUUUGGGAUCAAAUAUGAGACUCUGAAGGAGGAUCAUGAGAAUCUGAAACAAGAUUACGCUAGUCUUGAGGAAAGGUUUAAGCUUGUAGAUGAAAUGAAUGACAUGUUGAAGUUGCAUCGUCAAAAUCAAAUUAAGGAUAUCGAGCCGGAAAAUCCACGCUUGCUCAAGGAUCUUGAGAGCGAGAGGAGUGAGAAGAGCAAGAUGGUUGAAAAAAUUAAGAGAAUGGUGAGUGAGAGAGAGGCCGUGAAAGAGAAAGAGGAGCUGGAGAAUUUGCGUCUUCAGAAAAGAGCUAAGGAGCUCGAGGCGACAAAUCUACCCUGCUCAAGGAACUUGUUUGGAGUUUGUUCCCAUCUCUUUCCUUCUCUCUCUCGUUUUCUUUAUAACUCUAGUCCAUCUCUCUUUUGA